UUGAUAUGCUACGGAAAGUCAUGAUCUAGUUAUACCUGCACGUACAGUAUGUUACGGUGUGAUACAGAAUUUAGACCCAGUUUAUUGUACUUACUUAACCUUCAGCUGUUCAUGAGACCGAAUAUGGCAAGUGGAAGGAGACUUCUGAUACUGUUUGGCAGUCAAACUGGCACUGCUCAAGAUGUUGCAGAGAAAAUUUCAAGGGAGGCAAGGCGGAGACAUUUUCUGCCAAAAGUUGCAGCCCUUGAUUCUUAUAAUAUUGCUGAACUGAUACAGGAGAAGCUUGUAAUUUUUGUAUGUUCUACAACUGGUCAAGGUGAUCCUCCAGAUAAUAUGACUACAUUUUGGCGAUUCAUCAUGAGAAGGAAUCUACCUACAGAUUCUCUAAACCAGCUAUCUCAUGCAGUACUGGGACUUGGGGACUCUUCUUAUCAAAAGUUUAAUUUUGUUGCUAAGAAACUGCACAAGCGGUUGCUGCAACUGGGAAGCACAGAGUUGUUGAAUGUAGGACUUGCUGAUGAUUUACAUGAUCUAGGAGCAGAUGCUGUAGUAUAUCCCUGGAUGGAAAACUUAUGGGAGAAACUGUUGGCUAUGUAUCCUUUAGAAGAUGAUCAGCAAAUUAUCCCACCACAUGUCAGACCAGCUGCAAGAUUUAGUGUGACUUUCUGUGAUGGGAAAGACAAAAUAUUAAAUGUUGUAACCAAUGGAAAUAUAGAAUGUGGCAGGGAUGUAAGAGUACCAACCUGGUUCCCAGCUCAACCUUUUCCAGCAAAACUGAUCUCAAAUGAAAGAGUAACUUCCCCUGAUCAUUUUCAGGACACAAGGCUAAUACGUCUUGAUAUAACGGGGUCAAAUUUUAGGUAUGAUCCGGGGGAUGUAGCAGUUGUUUGUCCACAGAAUAUGUCUGACACCGUAGAUGAUUUUAUAUCAUACAUGAAAUUAGACCCUGAUACAGAAUUUACUUUGCAGCUAAACGACCCAGAUGCAAGUUUACCAAAAUUACCGGAGCCAUGUUCUAUAAAAUACCUCGUUGAGAACUACCUUGACAUAAACGGUGUACCUCGACGUUCCUUCUUUGAGAUGCUGCUUUAUUUUGCUGACGAAGAGAGGGAGAAAGAAAAACUUGAAGAGUUUACAUCUUCAGAAGGCCAGGAUGACCUAUUUACCUACUGCAAUAGAGUAAAAAGAACUUUACUAGAGGUGUUUCAUGAUUUCCCUCACACAAGUGCCAAUAUUCCAUUUGAAUACCUGUUUGAUGUGAUACCUGUACUACAACCAAGGUCAUUCUCUAUAGCUUCUUCUAUAAAGGCACAUCCUGGUGAAAUACAGCUACUAGUGGCUGUAGUGAAAUAUAAAACAAGGAUUGCGUUACCAAGGAGAGGUGUAUGUUCCACAUGGUUGUCACAACUUGAUCCUGCUCAAAUAUCACAUAUACCGUUGUGGAUUAAGAAAGGGACAAUUAAAUUUCCUACAGAUAAAACUACGUCAGUUAUUAUGGUUGGUCCAGGUACUGGAGUUGCUCCAUUUAGAAGUUUUAUAGAAGAUAGAGUAUCAGCAAAUGUUCCAGGAUCAGUGUUAUAUUUUGGCUGCAGGUACAGCACUAAAGAUUUCUAUUUUCAAGAAGAAUGGAAGGAUUAUACUGAUAAAUCACUAUUAAAAUUGUAUACAGCUUUCUCCAGGGAUAAUGAGGAUGCAGAUAGAUACUAUGUACAACAUGCUAUCAGAGACAGUGGUGAAUCUGUGUGGAAUCUUCUUAAACAAAAUGCCUGCUUCUUUAUUGCUGGGAAUGCCAAGAAUAUGCCAGAUGCUGUUAGAGAAGAGGUUAAGAGUGUGAUAAUGAAGUAUGGACAAUUAUCACAGGAGGAGGCCCAGAAUUAUAUGAUGAAGAUGGACCAAGAGAAACGAUAUCAAGCUGAAACAUGGUCCUAAAACACUUUAUGAUAUAUGAGUAGUCAAAAAUAUUGAGAAUAGAUUUCCGUGCUAGUCGUUGGUGUAAGAAUUCGAUCAGAGACCUUUUCUCUAUAUUUAUUUAUUUGUUAACGAAUGUAUCAAGCUGAUUUUUGUUUAUCAAACUAAUUAUGUAUAUUUUAAAUAAAUACAUUUGAAAAAGGA